GCCUGGGUGAGCGUGCCGAGGCGGCGGCGGAGCAGGCUUCCAGCAGUGUUGCCCGCCAGGCCUGGCUCUGGCCCCAGGUGGGGGAAGGGAUGAACAGGUGAAGAAGGCAGGGUCACUGCUUCAAGCUGCUCACACUUCAAGUCAGGAAACAGGCAGGCCCGACCAUGCUGUGGUCCCUGCUGCUGUUGCUGGCUGUGAGCUGCGUCCAGACAACCCGACCAUGCUUCCCCGGGUGCCAGUGUGAGGUGGAGACCUUCGGCCUCUUUGAUAGCUUCAGCCUGACACGAGUAGAUUGCAGCGGCCUGGGCCCCCACAUCGUGCCCGUGCCUAUCCCUCUGGACACAGCUCACCUGGACCUGUCCUCCAACCGCCUAGAGACCGUGAACGAGUCGGUGUUGGCAGGGCCAGGCUAUACCACGCUGGCCGGCCUGGAUCUCAGCCACAACCUGCUCACCAGCAUCUCGCCCACUGCCUUCUCCCGCCUUCGCUACCUGGAGUCGCUCGACCUCAGCCAUAAUGGCCUGGCAGCCCUGCCUGUGGACAGCUUCACCACCUCGCCCCUGAGUGACCUGAACCUCAGCCACAACAGGCUCCGUGAGGUCCCAGUGUCUGCCUUCGCUACCCACAGCCAGGGCAGGGGGCUGCAUGUGGACCUCUCCCACAACCUCAUCCACCGCCUCGUGCCCCACUCCGCUCGGGCCAGCCUGCCCACGCCUACUAUCCAGAGCCUGAACCUGGCCUGGAACCGGCUCCGCACUGUGCCUGAUCUCCGAGACUUGCCCCUGCGCUACCUGAGCCUGGAUGGGAACCCGCUGGCUGCCAUUGGCCCAGGUGCCUUCACGGGACUGGCUGACCUGACACACCUGUCGCUGGGAAGCCUGCAGGGUCUCCCCCAACUGGAGCCCUAUGGUUUCCGUGAGCUACACGGCCUGCAGGUCCUGGACCUGUCGGGCAACCCCAAGCUCAAGUGGGCAGGACCUGAGGUGUUCUCAGGCCUGGGCUCUCUGCAGGAGCUGGACCUGUCGGGCACAGCCCUGGUGCCCCUGCCUGAGAUACUGCUCCUCCACCUCCCAGCGCUGCAGAGCGUCAGCGUGGGGCAGGGUAUGCAGUGCCGGCGCCUGGUACGGGAGGGUGCCUACCCUAGGCAGCCUGGAUCCAACCCCAAGGUGGCCCUGCACUGCAUAGACACAGGGGAACAGGCUUCCAGGGGCCCCACCACAUUGUGACAAAUGGUGUGGCCUAGGGCCACGUAACAGACUGCUUGCCAUGGGCUGACCCAGGUCCUGGGUAAUUUAUAUUUUAAUGUGCCAAUGCCAAUGGGGGCUCUGCAGGCCUCUGUGGCAGCAACACUGAAAGACAGCUGUGGACCUGGGAAGAGGCUUUGGACCUGAGACUUACACCCAGGAACAAAGUCUUGCCCCUUUAUAUUGUCCCCAGACCAUAAGCUGAGAGUCUUUGAUGCCAAACCAGACAGCAGUUCCCGGCUGUCCUUCCCCACUUGACCAUGAAGUGCCUUCCCUCAGGCCUGGGCCAGCCUGACUGAUAGGAGGAAGGUUAGAGGUCAGGUCUGUGACUCAGUGUCCCCUUGGGCCCAUGGUCCAGUCACUCAGGGGCAUGGGUUUCUCUUGCUCUGGGUACAUGAGGCCCACUUUAUCCCUUUCUCUUCCCCUAGAACCCUGGGUAGAACUUUAGUUAUAAAAAGGACUGAGAAAAAAAAAAUCAAGUCCACCUCCUCAUGUGACAGAUGGGAGAACUGAGGUCUAGAGAAGGAAAAUUGCUAAUCUGAGGUACUCCAGCCGCAGAGGCAUGACUGGAUCCAGGGUCCUGCCUCCCAGCCGGGCCCCUGCGCACUUUGCUGUCCUCUCUAAAUCGUGCCCUCCCGCUCCUCUUUCUGGGCUCCCCUUUGCUGCCAUAACCCACAUCCUGCCAUAUAUGCCCUUUUCCAGUCAUCUCAAGGACAGGAAAGGGCCGCCAAGGUGGGACCCUGGGCAUAUUGACCAGCUGUGUUGCCUGGGCUGAGUCUCUUCACCUCUCAGAGCCCCUGGAAGCUUCAGGCAUGCCAACCACUCCCACCGGCCGGUUUCCCGCUCUGGGGUGGGGUCCCCCAGCGCCAAAACUGGAAACAUACCCAUUGAUCCUUUAGGCAUUGCCUGUAGAUGCUCCCCGAAGAUGUGGACGUGAUCUUGGAGCCCUACCUGGCCACAAGCAAGGAGGGGCCUCCCAGACUCAGCUCCCACGGGCCCAGAGCCCAUGGCCCAUCCCACACCAGUGAGAACGCCAUGGAAGGGGGCAGGCAGUUCCCACUGAAUUUUAUAUACCCCACCAGGGUUGCAUCUCAGCUCCCCAGCCCUGGGCUCUGCCCUUUGUGCUCAUUUUAUACAAGUUGUUGCCUUUUUAAUGGACUGCCACUUUCAACCAGCUUCCCACCCCCACCCCUGCUGGCAGGGGAAGGAAAAUGUCAUUUGUAAAAAAAAAAAAAAAAAACGUUGUACUUGUUCACUUUUGUAACAGGGUGUCCUGGGGAUGUGUUCGGGGAGGGGAUGUUGGGCGGAAGCCAACCAUCAGUGGCCAUGUGGGCAUGAGGGGGCUGGUCCCACAAAGAUGCCCACAGGACAGUGAGAGUUCUGCCCUCCCCCACCAGCCCUGCCCAUCUCCUCACUGAUCCUUGGUUUAAUAAACUUUAUAAAGAGUCCCUCUUUCCAUCACUCAACCAGUGUCUGCUCA